AGCAAGGACAGAUAGCAACAACCCUCUUCUCUCCAGUCUACAGCCUACACUACCAGUUGAGAAAGAAAAAAAAAAUCUCAGCUCCCAGCUCGGCACGAGCACGAGCACGAGACGACCUGACCUUUCUCUUCUCCAUCUCCACCCCGUCCCCUGCUCGAUUCCCACCUCUUCUCUCCAGCCCACGCGCCCCCGCCUCGCCACGACCCGAAUCGCCGUGAGAUCGAGCCGAUCGAGCGUCGAGCACCUUGCGCGCGCGCGCGGGGAUGAAAUCCCAUGGCAGCCGAGACAAGCUACAGGCGGCCGCGUCGUCGAGCCACCGCCGCGUCCUCCUCCUCCUCUUCGCCACCUGCUUCGCGCUAGCCACGUUCGUCACCUUCGUCUACAACACCUCCCACUUCGCCUCCGCCUCGGGCUCGGGCGCGGCGGCGGACUCCUCCGGUGGCGGCGCAAGCGCCGGCUCCGGCACCGGCGCCGUCUCCGCGCUGCCGCUCCCGGUGUUCGACGCGCUGGUCCACUUCGCCUCCAUCUCCAACGCCACGCACCGCAUGUCCGACACCGACAUCCGCGCCAUCUCCGCCGUGCUCCGCGCCAGGGGCCCCUGCAACCUCCUCGUGUUCGGCCUCGGCGCCGAGUCCCCGCUCUGGCUGGCGCUCAACCACGGCGGCCGCACCGUCUUCCUCGAGGAGAACGAGUUCUACGUCAAGUACCUGGAGCCGCGCCACCCGGGGCUCGAGGCCUACGACGUCUCCUACACCACCAAGGUGCGCGACUUCCGCGACCUCCUCGACGCGGCGCGGGCGUCGCGCGCCGCCGAGUGCCGCCCCAUCCAGAACCUCCUCUUCUCCGAGUGCCGCCUCGCCAUCAACGACCUCCCCAACGACCUCUACGACGUCGCGUGGGACAUCGUGCUCAUCGACGGGCCGUCCGGGUGGAACCCGACCUCGCCGGGGCGGAUGCCGUCCAUCUUCACCACCGCCGUCCUCGCGCGCACCGGCGCCACCGCCGCCAAGGGCCCCACCGACGUUCUGGUCCACGACUUCCAGUUCGAGCUGGAGCAGGUCCUCAGCAAGGAGUUCCUCUGCGACGAGAACCGCGUCGCCGGCAGCGGCACGCCGUCGCUCGGCCACUUCGUCGUCCGCCCAGACGGCCGGCGCGACGCCUUCUGCUCCGGCCAAGACAGCACGGCGGCGGGCACAUCGUCGGAGAAGUCCGGCAAGUAAAAACCUGGCCAAGAAUUACUCUUCCCUCCUCUGCUAAUUUUUUCUCUCUCUCCUCUCCUCUCACUUGUUAAUUAUUUCCUGUUACAUAUAUUUUUUUUACUGUUUUUUGGGGGACAAUAAUUUGUAACACAGUGAUGAUAUCAUUGCAUCAAUAGAGAAAGGAAAAUGCAAAUAGAGGUUUUACACAAUUUA